AUGGCCCCUACCGCCAACUUCAGCUCGACCAUCUCCAUCACCCACAUCGGCACUGCCACCUCGAUCAUCAACAUCGACGGCGUCCGAUUCCUCACCGAUCCCGUCUUCGGCCCAGCUGGGACUUACGAAUCCAUCCCCGGUAUUCCUCUCACCUCCACCAUCUCUCCCGCACUCACCCUCGAUCAGUUGCCCGUCAUCGACUGCGUGCUCCUUUCGCAUGAAGACCACGAUGAUAACCUGGAUACCGAGGGGAGGAAGGUGUUGGAUGGAAGGCACGUAUUGACGACCAUGGAUGGCGAGAAAAAGUUGCAGCCGAGGCCGGGUGUGAAGGGUUUGAAGCCUUGGGAGACGGUGGAGAUGGUCUUGCAAGGGAAAAAAUUCCGGAUCACGGGUACGCCUUGCCAGCAUUUCGAGAUCGGGGAAUGUACCGGGUUCGUCAUCGAGACGGAUUCCUUUGGCCACACCACGACUUCAGACGGAGUCUCCCGGCCUAACGCUGUUUACGUCUCCGGGGAUACGAUCUACAUCGACGAGCUCAAGCGGAUUCGGGAGAAGUGGCACGUCGCGGUAUCCAUCUUGAACUUUGCUGGCGUCCUCGUCCCGUUCCCGUCCAAGAACGGAGAACUUGGCCAGAUCACCUUCGAUGGAGCUUCCGGAGCCCAGUUGCAUAAAGAUCUCGGGGCCGACAAGCUCGUCCCGAUGCAUUUCGAGGAAUGGAAACAUUUCGUCGAGCUCAAAGAUGACUUGAAGGUAGCUCUGGAGAAGGCUGGGGUGGCGGAUCAGGUCGUCUGGUUGAAGCGAGCCGAGGAGGUCAGGGUGAUGUGAGGUGAAGAGUCGAUACCGCCGGGCAUUUCGAGGUCAGUGAGCGG